CCCGAUUAUAGUUCACCAUGACCAUCAAUGAGCCGAUUCAUUUCUCCUUCUCUCUAAAACCUUCACUCCACUUCCUCCAUCCCUCCAGCCUCCAAUAUGAUUUUGUUAGUACACAUGAUCGAUCUCAAGAAGAGAUGAUUCUUCUUGAUUAAACUUAUUAACAAGAUACGAGAAUUUGAUAGUCCAAUUCCAGAAGCAUGGGAUUGAAUCAUGACUUCUCGUCACCUGCAUGGCCUAGAGGAAAACCUUUCCUUAUGCAAUCUCUGGUGUCCACUUCCAUCUCGAAUCACCAUACCCAUCCUCGUAAAUCAAGAGGAGAACACAUUCACGCCAAUGUUCACUUUAAACACUCUGUUAUGGGCUUCUCUCCUGUAAUCCCGAGGUUGCACCAGGAUUGGUAUCUCAAGGCCUUGAUCCUCUAAGGAGUUCAUCCAGGUAAGCUUGUGAUUUGACUCUUCAAGUUUAGAGUUGUCUAAUAGAUGGUUAAAUUAUUAUUUCCAUAAGCAGGGGCGGACCUAGGUUGUCAAUUGACAAACCUUGUGAGAAAUUGUUUUUGUAAAUUUUUAUUUUAAUGAUGGUAGUAUUCUAUCUCAAGACUAUUUGACAACCCUUGAUGAUUUUAUUUUAUUAUUGAAUACCUUUAAUGUAAUUUCUGGAUCCGCCACUAUCCAUAAGAAGCAUAGUGAGCAUAAUUCAUAAUCUGUCUCCUUAUCUAGAGCUUAACAUAAUCAUUUAUUCACGACUCUUUCCUUUCCCCAUUCCAAAAAUCCUUCUUAUCAAACAUGGUCUCCUUCCUAUGCUUGCCCAAUCAUAGUCCCCCGUAAUUGAAUCAUCCAUUUCUUUGAGUCCACAAGAAGCGCAUCCAUCAUAAGCCGUCGAGAUCUUCAACCCAUGUAUGCUUUUGUAAGAAUGAUAUUGUUGCCCCAUAUCCAGAUAAAUACCCUUACAUUGGGUGGUAGUCUAAGGUGCCACAAUAUUUUAUUGUCCACAAGAAUACACCUCUUCUCCAAUAUCUCAGUCCUUCCUUCAUUCUCUUACCAAGGAAAUAGUACCCUAAUAUAACAUGGCAGAUUCUAUAUUUUUUUCUUUCCUUAUAUUCAAGCAUUUGAUUAAGGACAAACAUGUGGAUGGAUUUGAUAAAUUCAGUCUCAUAUCCCUCGGUUGAAAAUGCGUUUGUAUUCGGUUACUUUUCAAAAUCCGAGUAAGUUGAUCUAUCAAAGAAUACACCUUGAUUAAUCAUUAUGAACUUGUCACUGUUGAUUCAAAUUUGUAAUCAGGGGCCUCUUGGAUCCAUUUGUCCUAACGGAUUGUCACACAUUCCCCAUCCCCAAUUCUCCAUCUUACACAAUCCUUCGCCAAAGACUUUUGCUGCAAGCUUUGCCAAAUAUAGUUUGGGUUACCCCUUCCACCACCUCCAAAAUCUCAUAGUUAGGAUAAUACUCGGUCAAAUGAGCAAGUUCCACAUAUGUCUACCAAGAAGGACAAAAUUGAAGCCAUGUAGGUCUCGAAACAAACAAGAUUAAUAGAUUAUAGCCCAAUUAAACAAACAAGUACCUAUGCAUGCGGGCCUCAAAUAAACAGAUGGGCAAUUUCAGCCCAUUACACAGAGAAGUACCCCCAGCCCAGGCCGAGAUCCACCUCCAGAAACCUACUAGGGUUUUAGAAGGAGGCGCGUUUAUAUUUUUAUCUCAAACGCCGCUCCUGCCCUUUCUUUCUCCGUCUGCGAGUGCCAGAGUUGCCGUCUCUCUCGCUUCUCUUUACUGGUACGUCCUCGCUCCCUCUCUCGUGCAUUUCGGUCGCUUCUUCCCUUGCUCAAGCUUUCAUUGUUGUUUAGGCGACGGGUGACUCUUGAUACGCAGCCUGUUUAAUUGUUUGGGAAAUAGUAGAUCUGUCUUCGAGCUCUGGUUUUGACUUUUGUCUGGAUGAUUUUGUUCGCAGGUAGGGUUUUUCCUUUUCUCUGCUUGAAACCAUGAGUAAGCUUCAGAGUGAGGCUCUGAGAGAGGCCAUCAGCACCAUUAGGACUAAAGCUGAAGAGAAGCCACGCAAGUUUACUGAGACUGUUGAGCUGCAGAUUGGGCUGAAGAACUAUGAUCCCCAAAAGGAUAAGCGUUUCAGUGGGUCGGUCAAGUUACCUCACAUUCCUCGUCCUAAGAUGAAGGUCUGCAUGCUUGGAGAUGCCCAGCAUGUCGAAGAGGCCAACAAAUUGAGUCUGGAGUCCAUGGAUGUUGAGAGCUUGAAGAAGCUGAACAAAAACAAGAAGUUGGUUAAGAAGCUCGCCAAGUCCUACCAUGCAUUUUUGGCUUCUGAAUCUGUCAUCAAGCAGAUCCCCCGUCUUCUGGGGCCUGGUCUCAACAAGGCCGGAAAGUUCCCUACUCUUGUCAGUCACCAAGAGUCCUUGGAGGCUAAGGUCAAUGAGAUCAAGGCAACUGUUAAGUUCCAGUUGAAGAAGGUUCUGUGCAUGGGUGUCGCAGUUGGAAACCUCGGCAUGGACGAGAAGCAGAUCUUCCAAAAUGUUCAGAUGAGUGUCAAUUUCUUGGUCUCCCUGCUCAAGAAGAACUGGCAGAAUGUUAAGGUUCUGAACUUGAAGACUACCAUGGGAAAGCCAGUGAGGAUCUUCUGAAGAGGUGGUUUGCUUGUGUUCUUGUUUUGGUCACUUUUGUAAGGUUGAAGUUGUAGUUUUGUGACCCUUUAUGUUCUCCCAUCUUACGAGGGAUCAAGAUUACUAGUAUUGUUAAUUCAGAAAAUUUUUGUUGGGAGACAUUUUGUGCUGUUAUGGACCAUAGAUUUUGUUGCUUGGUGGUGCUUGAUCUUUUGUGGGUUUGGUAACGUUUUUAUUGGAGCCUAGUGCACUACUUAAUUUCGAUUGUUCAGAUUGAGAUUACGGGUGUGUACCCUUUUGUGCAACCCUCACAGAAUUGAUUUGCUCAAUGUAGGUUGUCGAGGGUUAUUUCUUAUUUGGCCCAUUCCUCUAUUUUUUGUUACGAAGCAAUAAAAUAUUGACGAACUAAUUAGAAACGGGUUCAUUGCAUGGUUGUUCACUGAAAUUAAAAAAAAAUGUUUAUAUUUGGUCACUUGAAAUAGUUAACUCUAUUGGUGGUACUUCAUUGUACUUGAACCAUUCGUGUUUGGUCACGAGACGUUCCUCCAAGUGAUGAUGUGGCAGAUGAAAUCAUCUAAUUAGCUCUAUUUAACCAAAAAAUAGGGUGACCCAUUCCCUCCAAGUGAUGAUGUGGCAGAUGAAAUCAUCUAAUUAGCUCUAUUUAACCAAAAAAUAGGGUGACCCAUUCCUUCAAGUAAUGACGUGGCAGAUGGAAUCAUUUAAUUAGCUCUAUUAACCCAAAAAUAGGGUGGCCCGACCUGCCAUGUCAUAUCGACCAACCCAAUCCUCUAACCAGACCAGAUCCGAUCCUUAAACUAAACUACCCACACAAAAUAAAUCCCUAAUUUCUAAAACAGAUCUCCACCUUCCGCAUUCUUAAUCGUGCGCCGCCUUCCUUCCUCCCGACUUUCUUCCUCGCUGUCGCUGAACCAUCCCCUCCUCACAACACUCCUUCUCCUCCUCACAACCGUCGCCGUCGUUGCAAAGUCCCCAGCUCCGACGCCGUUGGUCCAGUGCAUCUGCAAGUCAACCGCAGACUAUGCCUUGUGCGUGGAGGCGUUGUACGCCGACGACCGGAAGCGGCUGGAGCGGUGUAGAUCAUACUAAGAGGUCACCAUCUCUCGCCUCGAGAUCACCUACAAUGACUUAAACUCCGAGAUCUACUUCGGGCUCACCAACCUGUCGGCGGAGGCCGCGCGGAAUGCCACCGACUGCCAGGCUGUCUUCUCCAAGUCGAUGUGGCGGCCCUUGGGGAACCGGCACCGGGUCUUGCUGGUUUUAUGCCAGGCUAUUGCUUACAUUGGGAAGUCGUUCACUGGCUGGGGAGAUUAAUAAAUCAAAACAUAACAGGGCAGACGGUGUUGUUUGGGUGAUUGGGGGGCUGGAGAUAUGUAUGUAAUUAUGAUGGGACUUUGCAACGAAGGUGGCGGCUAUGAGGAGAAGGAGUGUUGUGAGGAGGGGAUGGUUCAGCAACAGCGGCGCACGAUUGAGAAUGGGGAAGGUGGAGAUCUGUUUUAGGAAUUAGGGAUUUAAUUUGUGUGGUAGUUUAGUUUAAGGGUCGGGUCUGGUUGGAGAGUUGGGUUGGUCCAGCUGAUAUGGUAGGUCAGGGGCGGAGCUAGGAAUUAAAGUUUGGGGGGGCCGAAGUUAGUUAGUACAUAACCGCAAAAAUAUAUAAAAAAAAUUUAUAACGACAUAGCAUUAGUUAAAAUAAUCAAAAUAGAAUUAAUUUAAAGUAUUCUAGUAGCUAUGUUCAAAAUAAAUGAUUAUACUAUGAAAAAAUUAUCAUGCACUUUACCAUGUAAUUUUUUCAAUAUUAUUAUACCUUGCAUAUGAAUUUAUGAUUAUAUUAGUGUUUAUAUGAAUUAUUAUUUAAUUACAUAUCCAAAACACAUCCAUGAAAUAUUAAUGUAAAAGUUGAAUAACUUGACUAACGUUAUUUGAAAUCAUCGGAGUUAUAAGACCAAGCAGGAAACUUGAAGAAUUAAACUGAAAAUAAAAUAAAUAAAAAGUU